UCGGACCACCACCCUUCGGGGUCAUGCACUGAGUCGGAGUUAGCAGUCUAGUUGUACUAUAGAAGUCUGUGGCUAAAUCCCAAUGGACCAAUGGUCUCUAUCAGUAUAUCUCUCUCUCUCGUUGGUGGUAGGUGAUACAUAUCUGUCCUUCAAUGCCAGGAUGACCACUGGCAAAGACGACGAUGCUUUUUGGUACAGCAGCGAGACACGGUCGUUCUGUUUUGAAAAUAAUGAGGUGGAUCAGUUAUUUGGAAUAUCAAAAAAUGACACAGAGAAAUUGUGGGCUGGCAUUCCCAGGACAACUAUUUCAGAAAGUAAUGUCAAAUCCAGUGAUGAUUUCCAAACUACAAAGCCUCUUCUUUCAGUUAUAUCCGAGAAGACUCUUUCACGUGUUUUAGCUUUGAAUGAGGACAAAUUGCAGAAUUUAUAUCCAGAAACAUCUGUUGCCCAGACAGAUAUCACACUGAGGAGAAUUUUGCUCGGUCAACCGUAUUCAUUGGAACAGUAUAGUUCACUCGCCAGUAAAACUGCCCUGCUAGAUGCUGCCAUUUCAAGUGGAGAUGGAAAUGCCAUUUUAGUAAUAGUUUUAUUCCUCACAAGGACCUUGAAACGCUCACUGGUCCAGAGAUUACUAGCGGACAGACCAGAUGCUGUAAAUGUAUAUAUACAUUACCUCUUUAUAAGACUGCAAACAAACGAGAUAACUGACAUUUUGACUAUGCUUGGGCAUUCCUCAACUGCUGCAAUGAAGAAUCUUCAUAUUAUUAUAAGAAACAUAAAAGAGCCAAAUACACUGCUGCAAAAACUACACAACUGCUAUAAGGCACAUUUUGCUAUAUUACCUGACUGUAAAGAGGCUACGUUUCUCCAUUCUUACAUUAAACUAUUGGAAUGGCAAAUGACGAUUAAGCAGAAGAAAGAUAAUGAGGGACUUGCAUUAAACUCUUCGGUUCUAGAAUCUCUGCAGUAUGCGUGUAAAUAUCACUGCAGUACUCCAGAAAAUUUCGUCGUGAUAUCACCUACGACUGUCUCUCGUGAUCAUGACGUUUCUCCUAGACUGUAUCAAAAGAUCUCCUUGCAAGUUAAAGCUACAUCUGCCUCGUGGGAUGAUAUCGAUCGUCUGCUUCUAACCAAGGGAAUGCUGGGAAAUACAAAACUGCAAACGUGUUUACAUAUAGAGGAUGUUUUGAAAGUAUUGCACAAGCACAAUGCGCCGUAUGCUGUUCUCGAAAAGUAUUUAAAAUUCGUCGAUAAUUUGGAGAAACGACUAGAAUUGGCAAAGAAAUUGUCUUGUCAUACGAUAGUCAUUGAUAUAUUCGUACAACAAGGAGAUCGUGCGGUACUCAUAGAUUAUAAAGCAAAAUUGCAAUCCCAGUCGGAGGAGUAUUUUUACGCUGAGAGCGCUUUACGUUUGCCUCAUGUCAAGUGGAAAAGUUAAGUUUUUCUUGUAUAUGUGUAUAUAGGAGGGAUAGGAUAGGCUGUCGCAAAUAAUAUAAAUUAUGUAAUUAUGUUGUCUUAAAAUAUAGUAAAAUAUAAUACAUUUGAAUACAAUACACUGGCAGAUAUAAAACUGAAAAGAUUCCUACAUCGUUAUCGAUUUAGAUUUUCAUUGUAUUUUCUAGAGAAAACUGAAUUAUCCCGAGAUCGAGAACCAUAUCGAGUACAAUUUCGCACGGAGCAUCUGCUCCGCAUAGUAGUACGAAAACAUAUGUAGCGCAGUCGUCGUCGUCGUCGUCGUCGUCGUACGAUGUGAACUCGGCUUGAAACAGCGCAAGCGUAGCGCUCGAUAAUCACGUUUUUAUUUCUGGUUAUUGUUGUCUAGCGAUCUCGACAGGUCUCUCUCGAAUCGUCGCAUCGCUUUACGCGACGGCACCGCCUAUCAGCCGGCAACGAUCUGACCCAUCGGGAAGAUCGGAUAUACCGUCCGCGGCCGCGGCGGUGCGUGUGGACUGUGGAGCGGCGUGCGCGACACCACGCGCCGACCAAUCGCAUCUGGACGGAACCGUUAGAAGUUUCCGUUGUGUGCGCGUUUGAACGAUCUAGUGCACAUUUGUCAUCUGGGUGCGUGAACCACUCCCGUUCGUUCCCCGUUACCGCGUUUUCACGAACCUCGGUAA